CUCCUUUUAAGUAGUCAGUCGGAACACCAGUUGAGGUUUUCUUUGGCGUUUCUCUCUCUCUUUCUCUCUGCUCAACUUCCCUUUUCAUCCUUUUCUGAAACUCUAACUCUCUCAAUCAUCCAUGGCUGGAAAGAUCGAUUUUUCGUCUCUGAACUCUCCGAUCUCCAAAGAUGUGCUUGGUGUUGACAAUAAGAUGCCACUUUCACCACAGUGGCUUCUUCCUAAGCCAGGGGAGAACAAGGCUGCAAAUGCUACUGCGGAGAAUCAUGCAGACCAGUUUCAAGAUCAUGUAGAUGUCAAAACGUCAUCUCAGAAUGGUGAAGAAGGGCUUGAAACUCUCAAGAAAAAGAAUGUUUUCAGGCCAACUGUGUUUGAGUCGGGAUCUGGCAAUCGUGACCGCUGGCGUGAUGAGGAAAGAGACACCCGUAAGGUGGAUCGUUGGGUGGAUAAUCCUUCUCUAAAACACUUUGGGGAAGCACGCCGUAACCCUUCAGACCGAUGGGUUGAUCACUCAAGUAACAAAGAAACUAACUAUGACCAUCGCCGGGACAGCAAAUGGAACUCACGCUGGGGGCCUGGUGAUAAGGAAACAGACAAUUCAACUGAAAAGUGGUCAGACGCUGGCAAAGAGACUGACAAAGGAUUUUCUCAUAUCACUCCUCGUAUAGAUGAUGAGAAGGAUGGGAACCAUUAUCGUCCAUGGAGAUCUAGCAUUCACAAUCAAGGGAAAAUGGAGCAUCCUCCCCAGAACUUAACGCCAAACAAACAAGGAACUACUUAUAAUCGGGCACGUGGUGAUAAUGCAAUUUCAACCUUUUCUCAUGGAAGAGGAAGGGUUGGGUCUGGUGGAAGUACUAUGAACAUGAACAGUAGUACUUUGUAUCCUCAUGGAACGAUGUUGGGAAAGGCUGAACUUGGUGAAGAAGACCCUUCAAUGGUUCGAUAUAGCCGAACCAAAUUGCUUGAUGUGUAUCGGAUAACUGACAUGAAGUAUUGGAAUAAUCAGUUAGAGGGUGUUGUUUCAGUUCCUUCUCUUUUUCAGGAAGAUCCUUUAGGACCCCUUGCCUUUUGUACACCUACAUCUGACGAAUUGGAUAUUCUGAAGGGGAUUGACAAUGGUGAUAUAUUAAGUAGUGGUGCACCACAAAUAUCUAAAGAUGGGUCCAUCGGGAGAAACUCUAAUGAUUCUGUGCAAGCAAGACAAGUGAAAUUUGGUAGCAGAGAAGAUUUGUCCCUUCCUAGCGAUGAUAACAAGGGUGACAUUGUUGAUUCUACCAAUGCGUUUCGAGAUGAUGAUGCUCGUUAUAAAACUAAUGAAGUGGUGUUCAAUGGGGGUUCCUUUGGACGGGGAGUUUCUGUUCGCCCUAGCACUAUGUGGCGAUCACCAUCAAUCGGGGAACAUUCUAAUUCAAUUUCAAAUGACAGGGCGGAGAAUCCAACUGAUAUUAGGUCUAGAACGUCUGAUAUUGGUUGGUCACAGCCACAGAAAGACCUAAGCAAUGAGUGGACAACCAGUAUUGGAAGGCAGACAUCUUCUAUAUUGGAUAGGGAGCAGGAAUCUCGUAGAAUUCCACAGACUUCUCCAGAUGACCUUAUACUCUAUUACAAAGAUCCUCGAGGUGAAAUUCAAGGCCCAUUUACUGGAGGUGACAUAAUUGGCUGGUUUGAGCUUGGAUAUUUUGGUGUUGAUUUGCUAGUUCGACUUGCAAGUGCACCACCUGACUCACCAUUUUUAUUGCUUGGGGAUGUUAUGCCACAUUUAAGAUCUAAGGCUCGACCUCCUCCUGGAUUUACUGCACCAAAACAGAAUGAGGCAAAUGAUGUACAAGGUAGGUUGAACUUGAGCAGUUUUGAGAAACUUCAGGUAAGUGCAGCUGAUAUAAUGAAGAAUGAACAAAGAUACAGGCACGGCACUGCAACAGAAGCUGAAAAUAGAUUUUUGGAGUCCCUGAUGUCUGGUAAUAUUAGUGCAUCAUCUCACGAGAAGUUUGCUUUCCCUCCUGAAGGUAUGCAGUCCUUAGGAAUGGAAGGUGGAGAUGAUCUAUAUCUCUUGGCUAAGAGAAUGAAUUUUGAACGACAAAUGCCUUUGCCUAAUUCUCACCCGUAUUGGCCUGGGAGAGAUGCAUCUUCUCUGCCCCACAAUUCUGAUCUUCAUCACAUGAAUCCACAUCCGAUUUCUCAGAACUUGCAAGGCUUGGGAGAUAGGGCUGCCUCUAGUAUCAAUAAUGGAGUCAAUGGGUGGUCAACUCUCCCUGUUCAGACUGGGUUGGAUCCUAUUCAAAAUACCCUGGAUUUGCAUCACAAUCAAAAUUUUGCAUCCCAGACUGCAUUUGGUAUCCAGCAACAAAGGUUGCAGCUUCAGAACCAGCCACCUUUAACAAGCUUACUAGCUCCUAAUAUUGAUAAUCCUUCUUCCCUAGUGAAUGCUGAAAAUUUAUUGUCUUCUGGUAUAACACAAGAUCCGCAAAUGCUGAAUCUAUUGCUGCAGUUACAUUCUCAGCAACCCCUUGCUUCUCCGCAGAUAUCACUGUUGGAUAAGCUCCUGCUUCUUAAGCAGCAGCAGAAGCAGGAGGAGCAACAACAACUCUUAAGACAACAACAACAGCUGCUUUCUCAGAUAUUAGCAGAUCGUGUUAACCAACAUUAUACUGAGCAACAACAACCUUAUGGACAAUUGCAAGUUUCUGCUCCAUCUGAUGGGAAUGCUCCUCUAGAUCAUCUUAGGUUUCAGAAUCUUCAAUUUGGUUCACAGAUUCCAGUUGCAAACUCAGAAGUACAACCUCCUAACUUUGGAAGUGGUGUUGGCUACAAUGUUUCCCAGCAAAUCAACCAUAGUGUUUCCUCUGACUCUUCGAUAAAUUUGCCUCAUCAAUUGUUUGAGAACACUGUAACAGAGAAAAACUGGGAUUCUGCCGCACCUAAUGAUAUUCCACUAAAGGAGUCGUAUGAGCUUCCACCACAAAUCUCAUCCAGUAUUGGAGAACCUGUCAUCACUGCAACCUCUGAGGUUAGACCAACUGAUAUCGUGCCUGUAGAAAAUUUUGAAAAUUCAGUUGGUGGACUGGAUUACAUGGAUGAUAAUGAUGAAGCUUUAAUUUCUGAUAGAGUAAUUGAGUUGGUUAUUCCUCCAAUUGACGCUUCUGAGGAAACCCAGUUCACGAAAGAACAGCUAUAUGACCUGGGCUCCUCUGUUAAUGAACUGAAAAUUUCUGAAGCAAGUGAUGCUAAAAAAGCUUCUGAGAAAAAGUCCAGAAAACAGAAGUCUUCCAAGGCACAAACCUCUAGUAACCAGACUAAAGGAAUUUCAAAAGCAACUGUGCAGCUAUCAAAGUCAUUGGACAGUGAUGCUGUUUCCAGUGUUGCUGUAGAAAAUAAUUCUCAAGGUACUCCAGGAGAAAAUUUGGAGGCCAAGGGUGAUCAGGAACUGCUUCAAUCUGAUGUACAGACUGAUGUUCAAUCAGUAAUCAAGGCUUGGAAACCUGCUCCAGGUUUCAGACCUAAAUCUUUAUUAGAAAUUCAAGAAGAAGAAGAGCAAUGGAAGGCACAAAUGUCUAUUGCUACUAUGGAUGCUUCUGCACCUGCCACCUCUCUUGCUUUUUCUACUCCUUGGGCUGGGAUACUUGCAAAUGCAGAUAUCAAAACUGAUGGGGUUAGUACAGACAUUCAUUUGGAUAAAGGAAUUUCUGAGAAUCAAAAAGGCCGGAAGAGCCAACUGCAUGAUCUUUUGUUGGGAGUAGGAGAUAAGGAAGCUCCACGCAACACUUCCCUACCAGCAAUGGUUAUCCAGUCUGAUAUUGUUAAUGAUGGUGACUUUAUUGAGGCUAAGGAUACUAAAAAGAACAGAAAGAAAUCUACAAAAGCAAAGACUGGAACUAAAGGUUUUGUGUCUACUGCAUCUGCAGAUGUUUCUAUUGGUUCGAGUCCAAGUGAUAGAACAAAGACCACUCGUCAAACAGAGCUAGAGAAGGAAGUGUUACCCGCAGUUCCUUCUGGACAUUCUUUUGGAGACUUUGUUCUUUGGAAAGGGGAUUCUGCAACAAACACAAACACAACCCCAGCUCCUGCUUGGUCGACUGAUGGUGGAAAACUUGCUAAGCCCACUUCUUUAAGGGAUAUCCUAAGGGAACAAGAGAAAAAAGGAUCUUCUUCUGCUCAACACCAGAUGCCAAUUCUGACUCCACAGAAAUCAUUACCAGCUCAGGUCAAUCGAGGAAGUGGCUCUUCAUGGUCUGUAUCUGCAACUUCUCCAGCUAAAGCUGCAUCUCCUAUCCAAAUUAUUUCCCGUUCAUCUGCUAUAACAAAGCAUAAAGGAGAUGAUGAUUUAUUCUGGGGUCCUGUAGAUCAAGCCAAGCAAGAAUCAAAGCAUGUGGAUUUCCCUCAGCUUGCAAAUCAAGAUAGUUUUGGAGCCAAAAAUGUUCCUGGAAAAGGUGCAUCAUUGAGCAGACAGAAAAGUGGCAGCAACCGACCCUCUGAUAGUCGUCUCUCAUCGUCACCUUCUUUUGCUCCAUCACUGAAAGGGAAAACAGACACCGCAAGUAAAUAUUCAGAAGCCAUGGACUUCAGGGAUUGGUGCGAGAAGGAAUCUAUCAGGCUGCUUGGCUCAAAAGAUACAAGUUUUCUGGAAUUCUGCUUAAAGCAGUCGAGAUCAGAGGCUAAGAUGUUCCUGGUAGAAAAUCUUGGCUCGUUCGACAGAGACCAUAAGUUCAUCGACAGGUUUCUCGAUUACAUGGAGCUUCUCCCAGCGGAUGUCCUUGAAAUUGCCUUCCAAAGUCAGAAUAAUAAUCGCAAGGCAGUGAGUUCUGGCAAUGGAGAUUUUGAUUCGAUUGGGGGGAUUGAUGGGUCGAAUAAAGGAGGUGGAGGGAAGAAGAAAGGAGGGAAGAAGGGAAAGAAGGUGAACCUGUCGUCCUUGGGAUUCAACGUGGUUAGCAAUCGGAUUAUGAUGGGAGAGAUUCAGAAUGUCGAGGAUUGAUUAGGGUUUAAUUUAAAUUAUUAUGCAUUUUGUUGUAAAUACAAUUGUCUUAAAAUGCUCUUUUUUUGUUGUAAAUGGUGGGUAUGAUUUAAAGUAUCACCUCUUUUUAGGGUUUCUUUUUGGAGGUUGAAUCUAUCAGUGUCCUAUAGAGGAGGAUAGGCAGUUGGCAGCAGCACUGUUUUGAAUUUGCUUAGGCAAUUUUGUGUUGUUGAUACUUUUGUUUUAAGGUUAUUUUGUUGUUUUUUUGGUUCAUCAAAUGACAGUUUUCAAGUUAAGAAUGAUUUUGAUAUUGUCAGAA